GGCGGUUUGCGCACGCGCGGGCGGGGAGGCGCGACGGUUUCUGGCGUUGCCGUGGAGACCACUGGUCCAGAGUCGGGGAGGCGCGCCAGGCCAAGAUGGCGAAGGACCUGGACGAGCUUCUGGACGAAGUCGAGACCAAGUUCUGCAGGCUGGAGCCCCUGAGGCUGGACCUGGAGGAGCGGCCCGGCGGCGGCACGCGCGGCGGCGGCCGGAACCAGGCCCAGGCGGAAGAGGAUCUCAGAUUCUUUGACAAUGAGAUAUGUCAUCUCCUGGCAGCACCCCGUACCUCAAAGAAAAUGAUGAGCAUCGAAGAACCUCCAUAUGGAGAUGGCUUCAAAUGUGGCAAACCAGCCACCCAGCAAAAAUUCAAAUCCAAAUCUUCAAGUAACACAUCUGUCAGAGCUUCCAUUCAAGGCCUCAGUAAAAGUUGCAGCCCAGUGUACCUCAGUGGAAGCGCCAUUCCAUGUGGGAUUGGAACAAACACUUCACAGAGAGCAUGUGACCGACUUCGUUGUGUAGCCUGUGAUUUCCGGGUAGUGAGCUACAGUGACUACGUGUGGGACGAGUCAUGUGACUACCUGUUCUUCAGAAACAACAUGCCAGAAUUCCACAAACUCAAAGCAAAGUUGGUGAAGAAGAAAGGAGCACGGGCUUAUGCCUGCCAGUGUAGCUGGAGAAGUAUUGAAGAACUGACUGAGCUGCAGACAGAUCAUGAGCUUCGCUGGGUUUGUGGUAAACACUGAGAGUGCACGUGUUCCAGUGGCUGCAUCCGUGAGAACAAGCUCCGCUCGCUACCCACGGGGGACAGUGCAUAGCAGUGUUGUGCCCUUUGGGAAAAGGCAACAAAUUUCAUGUAACUACACAUAUUUUUGAAGACCAAAUGGAUUGGGAAAGACCUGUGACACCUUGGCUUCACUCCUUUUGACAUGGACAUUUUACUUAAAAGGUUACAAAUAUCUGAACACACUCGCCUGUCUCCUUCCAGGGACUGAAAUUGUGACAUUCUGUGCAGAUUUACAGCCCUUCCAAAGCAAUGGCAGUACUAGCUAAUGCUCUCUAAAACUUUGCGCGUGUGUCAUCAUGAAGAGUACCCAGCUGGCAGGGCAGAGUGGUCACUGUAUAUGAGGGUUCACAACUCCUCCUGCUCUGAACCAUUAUUAUCAGAGACCGUACGUUAAAAGAGCAGGUGACCAUCGGUUAACUGAAGGAUCGUCAGGGGUACAUUGUAAACCUGCCUUACGUGUAUCUCGCCCGGCCUCACCACCUCAGCUCAGUAUUACAGUAGUAGGAGUAGUGACAGUGAUGUUAGCAGUUUUAACUUACAUGCCCUCCUUCGCUCACUGCAGUGUCAAGAGUUGUUUAGUUUCCUGUUGGCAAAUAUCAUUUAUAUAUAAAAGAUUUGUGAUGCAACUAAAAUUACUAAACUACAAGUAAGUCAUUGUUGGACUUUUCACGUAUACUCCAUAGUUCCAGAUGAGUAGCAGGCAACACGUAGACUUUCUAGUACCACCAGGCUGACGUUAUGACCAAAGCCUAGCCAGUGGGUAGCUGCUGGGCUCCUGCUGCUACCACUGAGAAGAGAGGCACUGGGUCAUAGUAACGGUCAAGAAAUGCGUUCUCCGCGCUUCACCUCCCAGCCCCAGACACAGUUCAGCACCUUUCUAGUCUGCCAAAAUUCUCCUCUGUGUCUGCUUCCCACAUGUGUGUUACUUGGUUUAAACAUGUGGCGCAGGGCACACAACACAGAUAGUUUUGUCUUAACUCCAUUCCAGCCAUCCAACAAAACUCUGGUAGCUGAAAGACUUUUCUUUUCCUAGGCGGGGAAUCUCAGCUCAGUGGUAGAGUACUUGCAUUGCAUGUGCAAGGCCCUGAGUUUAUUCCCAGCAGUACCAAAAAAGGAAAGAGAGAGAAAAGCAAGCUUUUCCUGACCAUGACACUUUUACGUAUUUAUAAAAUUUUAAUUGUAGCAAAAGAGGUCUCAAAGUGGCUGAUACUGGUAUUUUUGUAUUAAGAUAUACUUAAAAUUUUAUCUUUCAAUAAAUAUUUUUAUUCCUCAAAA